AUGUUUCGCCAACAAGCAGCAACUUUUUGGAAGAGUAAAUCAACAGCAGCUGCCAACAACUUGACUAGAAACUUGUCUUUUGCCACCAAGAGAAAUAUUCCAGCAAUCACACAAAAGCAAAGCAUUAGAAAAAUGUCCAAGUCCGAUAACGAAUGGAGAGCAAUCCUUUCUCCUGAACAAUUUUACGUUUUGAGAGAAAAGGGAACUGAACCUCCAGGAUCAGGCAAGUACAAUAAAACCCCAUCUUCCAAAACUGGUGUUUAUGAAUGUGUUGCUUGUCACAAUCCACUUUACAAAGCCAGCACUAAGUUUGAUUCAGGAUGCGGAUGGCCAGCAUUCUAUGAUGCUAUCCCAGGAGCGCUCAAGGUUAGUACAGACAACAGUCACGGUAUGCAGAGAAAUGAAAUCACCUGUGCCAAAUGUGGUGGACACUUGGGUCACGUUUUCAAAGGUGAAGGGUUCAACACUCCAACCGAUGAGAGACAUUGUGUCAACAGUAUUUCUCUUCACUUGAACCCAGACAAGAACGAUUAA